AUGAAAUUUAUUAAGAAAUGUUUGAAAUAUUAAAGGCUUCAAUUAUAAUAUUUGAUUGGACAUACCUAGGUAGCAUUAGAAUAGGAAAACAAAAUAUUUUGGACAGUGUGUGAAUUCAUUAGAAUGUUUUAAACGAUUGCUCUAGUUUUGCUAUAUAAACAUAUUAUUCGAAUGCUUAAUACUAAUAUUGAAUUUGAUUAACCAUCUUCGAGUCAGGAUAAGGUUGAACUGUUAUGUAGAAUUACGAUGCCUACCAUUUUGAUAUAAGAAUAUUUGUCCUUAGAAGAAAUUAUAUAUUUCUAAAUAAUAUUUUUGGCAUCACUCUUUUUAAUGUUGCUUAUCAACGUGGUUGCAUUGAGAUUGGAGUAUUUACAUUUUAAAUAAAUAAAAUUUCAAAAUAAGCGGACAUUUAACAAAGUAGAUGGAAAUAAAUCGCUUAAUCUACUGAAUAGCACCUACAAUAACAAUGAUUUUACAGAGCAUUUCCUAUUGAAACAAUUAAUGGGCACCGACAAUGGAUCCCUAAUUGAAUUGCAAUUACUACGAACCUCAAUAUUAACCAAUUAUUUCACCCACAUCAUGUUCCUACCUUAAAUUUAUUGGGUUGCCAUCAUAUUUUAUAGAAUCCACAAUCAAACCAAUUACUCAAUCGGACUGUUUAUUUUAAACUUUACCCUCAACUCAAUCUAACUGCUUUUUCUCAUAAUAUUAGAGACUCUAUCUUUGUACAUGUAAUAAUCCUAUCGACUUAAAGACACCAAUUAUUUGAGAUUGAGAAUCACCACUUCAUUUAAGAUAGGACAGAUGCUGAGAAUAAUUCCAACUCUUAUAUACUUCAGCGUACUUUACAUCGUAGAUCCAAUGACCAUAUACAACAACCUAGUAUUUGAGCAAGUGUUGUCAUGCUUUGGAAUAUUGAACUUGAUAUUUGAUCUACAAGAUCAAUCCUUCAAUAUUCCAUUUGUUUAGCCAUAUAAAAUCUAUGUAUUUCACUUGGCAUUUUCUUUGGCUUUUUGUUUAUCCUUUUUAAAAUUGUUGCAAUUACACAUAAACGACAUAAUCACCUUGUCAAUGAUGAUAUCUCCUUGUAUGUGCAAAAUGCUCAACCAAUUGACAGACUUCAAUUUCAAAAAAAUAAUAACUCACACCUUGCAUCCUGAGAAUAUUCCACCUAAAUAAAAGAUUUUGAAACGAAAUUCCUAAUCAAUAACCAAAUCAUUAAUCGUAAAUGACGAUGUUCAUCAAAUUGAAAGACAGAUCUGCUUAUAGAAGUUAGAGUAAGUGAGUAUGAUUAGACUCACAAAUUACUAGUAUUUUCUACAAUUCCUGCGGCUCUAUGAGUUGUUGUGCGUUAAUUAAUAGCAUGUCUAUCAGACAACUGAUGUGUUUAAUCCCAACAAAUCGAAGUUUCUGAUGCAAUGCUUCAUUCUAAUAAAAACUCACGUAGAACUAUGUAAUAAUUUUUACUGUUUUUGCAGAGGAUUUUGGGGAGAAAAGAAACAGACUCUCUCUGUAAACAUGUAAAAACAGGAUAUGAAAAUCUUCUCUGAUUACACUUGUAAGGGUCUAACAAUUUCAAUAGAUUUGAUCGAUAGAUAUAUUCGAUACUACAUUAAACUUAUUUUGAAUAUAGAAAUAUAUGUCACCCAACCUAAUUUAACUUACAUAGCUCAGCUGAUCAGUUUUCUAAGUAAAUCAGAAGAGUCACUACAGGCAUGGCUUUAAGUUAUGGAGGUUAAACUGCAAUUGCAAGAAUAAAAAAAGCCAUUUGAUGAAAUAACUACUAAUCUCAUAAUAAGUUACACUAAAUAUCAAACACUAUUUAGAGCCUAGUUUAAUUUGAAUGACAAAUCCAUCAGGAAGACCAUCUUAUACGGAGAUUACAGGAAUACUGAGUUGCAGAGAAGUCUAUUCAUCCAUAAAUUGAUGUAGAGUCUGGAUGUAAAGAAGAGUUACUUGAUCAGAUUAGGCAAUAAUAAGUAAUCAUACGAGGAAGUUCAAUAACUUUACAUUGAAUCAAACUCUUACUUCCUAAAAUUGCAAAGUGAAUUGCAAGAAUUUCAUGAUCAAUCACAAUGUAGAACUUCUUGUUUACUGAUGAUGCUGUACUAUUGUGAGGUUCGUUGUGAUUACCUGUAAUUUUAGAAAUAUAAAAAUUAUCUCAGAACAAAGGACGUUAAGUUUUUUGAGUUCCCAAUUAUGUUCAAUGCUCCUCAAAACAUAUGUUAUUUGAAAGUGAAUUUAUCAAGAUUCUCAAAACACAAGUGUCGAGGUGAAAUCUUAACAAGAUCCGAGAAUUCCUUUAAGUUUUUUGGAUUCGAAUCCAAGGAUGAUUUCCUCCGACAACGAGUUACUGUUCAUGAGUUAGUUCCACAUUUGAUCUCUUCUGUGCAUAACACCAUUAUUGAGUUAUUUCUAAUGAGCAAUCGACCUAAUGUAAUCAGAAAGGAGCGAUACCUUAUAGCCGAGAAGACCAAUUAAGAAAUCGUUUUCAUUGAGAUGUUUAUAGACUUGUGCUUUGUGAUUACUGGCACUGAGUUUCCGGUGUAUUGUUUCAUGCAAGAAAUCAAACCAAUUGGAGUUUUCGAGAAUAUAAGGGGACACAUAAUUGUGGACGAUUACGAAAUCAUUCAAGGCAUAAGCUCAUUAGCCUACCAAUCUUUAUUUCUGGAUUCGCCAAGUGGAAUUUGCAAUAAGGAGAUUUCAGAAUUCUAUGGAGAUUUCACUGAAAUUGCUCAAAAGCUAAAUCAAAUGAUGGACACCAAAACCAGCAGAUAUAGGGGCAUGACGUAAUCGGUGGUCAGCUAGUAGGGGGGCAUUCAAUAGAAGGAUGCGAAUUCGGUGUACAAUCAUUAUAAGUUGAAAUUGGAGGAUCAACUAUUCAUCAUGAGUGAGCAGGACAAGUUCUUUAUUGAUAUGACAGUCACAAUGACAUAUGGGAUCAUCAAUGGGAAAAUUUCAAAAUACUAUGUCAUUGAGUUUAAUAAAGUUUAACAAAUUGACAUCACUGAGAAUAAUGACUCCAAUCAAACCAACAGUCUGAAAAGCAGUGUAAAGUAGUCUUAAUAUACUCAAAGAACAAACACCUUAUACGACAUCUAAGACAACGAGAGGAGAAGCAGCGAGGGAUCUAUCAAAUUGCAGAAGUACUCAUUUCCCUAAAUCAAUGAACAAUGCAUCACAGUCUCUCAGAAUCAAAUGCAAGGAUUAAAACAAGAAUAAUCGGAUGAAAAAAUCAACAUCCAGAAAAGAAAUGAGAGGAAAUCUAAAUUCUUCAACUUCAAAGGAGUUGCCAGGAAGUCUGAUUCCAAUGAACAAUUUAAUAAUGAUCGCAAUUCUGGUUCUUCUAAUCACAUAGCUUCGGCAACAUCGCAGAAGUUACAGUUAGAUUUUCAAAAGUUCGUUUCUAAAGGUAUGCAAUAUCAGGAAUUCUCGAAUUCUGACUACGAGAAAAUCAUAUUUGUAAUACACAUGAUAAAUGCCUUGAUUCUGGGAAUCAUUUUAGUGUUCCUGUUGCUUUACUAAUUGAAGUUUAAAAGCUAAGCAGAAUCGAUAAUCCCGACCAUUUAAAUUUUACAAGCCUUCAUUACUACUGAUUACACUGACAACAUCCAAUUGUCCCUGAUGUACAAUAAAUAGAAGGAACUCAAUCAACAGGAUCAGUUUUAUCAACACUUAUAGAGAUUAUUGGUAAAGGAUGCCAAAAACUAUUUAAUGUACCAAAAGAACUACUUCUUAAAUUAAUAGAUCUAAAAUGUAUUUAGUGACACCUAAGUGCAACAUGAGAGUGAGCAGGACACAAGUGCUUGGAAUGCAGCCUUCUACAUCCUCUACAAUCAACUUGACUUUAUACAGGAUCAGAACCAGAAUCAAACCAACUAAAUGCCAACUUAUGUAAAUCUACUGCUGGACUUCCCAUAUCACAAAUCAGCCUAUGAAAAUAUCAAUCAAGCAUUUAGUGAUUAUGUUUAGUUGUCUAUUGACAACUUUUCAGAUUCCUAAAAGGCUCUCAUAAUAAUCCUAAUAGUCUUAAGCAUUAUUGUGUCCUUCAUCUCUCUUAUUGUGUAUCAUAACUACUUUAAAUACAUGAAAAAGAUAACCAGAUGUAGUGAGCAGGUGCAAUUCGAUGCACUUGAAUCUGAGAUCAAUAUCUGUGCGACAAUCUUAACCAAUAAAUAAAAAUUGUGUCUUUAUGAUUACAAGAUGGACUUCACAGCAAAUUUUGAUUUUCGAUAGCAUCAAGAAGGUCAGACUCAUUUCUCAAGUUAUAAGGUGAUUAACAGUUCACAAACUAAUACCAAACGAUCACUCAAUUUCACAGAUGGGAUUUCGAUAAAAAGAGCUCUGAGUUUUCUGUAUCCUCUAUUUUGUUUGUCAAUCACAUUAAUCUAUUUAGGACUGACAUACUUGGAUACGGAGAAUGUUAUGUCUAAUUUACAAAAGGAUAUAACCAUAUACAAUCAGGGCAUAUUAUUUUAGGAACAGUUUUCGAUGCUCUGUAUUAGUAGCAUCUUGCAAGAGAAUAAAGACUAUCUAUUCUAGAAGAAGUACAUCACUGAAUCCUAGUUGCAACAAUAUUAUGACUACAUCUAACCUUCCAUUGUCACCACUCAGCAAUUGAGCAAGAUUAUUCGACUGCCAACAGGCAUCAGGAGUGCUGAUGUGAUAGACUCCCUAUCUAUUAACAUAUGCAGUAUCUUCUCAGAUUAGACUGAUGUUCAAUUAUGCGAACGACUAGAUUAAGGGUUGCUGCAGAAUGGAGUCUUGGAGUCUACCCAAUUCUACAUUGUUCAGUAUAGGAACAACUAUGAACUUAAUUAUCAAGACAACUUGGAUUAUAGUACCACAGAGGAUAUCGUCUCAAUCAAUUUCAUCAUCAAAGGAAUCACUAAUUACAUAGACAGAUCAAAAUAAAAUUUGGAAACGUACAUACAGGAACAAAUUGAUUUAAAAAUGAACUGGUUCAUCUUCAUUUUCACAUUGACUAUUAUUUUACAAGUAAUCCUAUCACUUUUGAUUUCAUAAAACCUAAAAUAGAGAUUGAAAUCCUUAAAACAAUUGAUUUAUUUAUUGCCUCGUGAUACUUUAUAUGCCAAUGAUAGUUUUAUGAAAACACUAAAUUACGUGCAAAGACAUCAAAAUGAUUUAUGUUAAUGA